ACGGAGAUGUCCAAGAAUAACGUAUGUUCACAUCAAAAAAGGCGCAGUCUGUCCACAUGCCGACGGCCCGACCUGAAUAGCCUGGCAUGUCUAGCUGACAUUUCUUUCCACUCGACGACUCAUUGCUUGUUCACCCUUCAGCACGAUGGCCUCUGCUUCGGCCAAUCUUGUGUCUCAGGCUGCUAGCUCCGGCGAGCUAACAGACCUUGUUUUGUCUUCUACACCUGCCACCGUUCAUCCUACAGAUGAUUCCAUUCUCUCUGUUCUCACCGCUCGAUUUCGCGCUGAUUUACCAUACACUAGACUCGGAUCCACAAACCUGGUGGUAGUCAAUCCCUACAAAACACUCGCCAGCGUCAACGAUGCUAAUGCGAAGGAGUACGAAGAGAGAUGCUACAAGGACACCAAGCUAGGCUUGGCAGAUGCUCGGAGACCCCCUCAGCCUCACUUGUAUGAGCAAGCGGCCAAAAUUUAUCUUCUUAUGAGAAGGAGGAACGAGUCUCAAGCAGUUGUCACUCGUCUUUCGGAAAUGCAAAAAACGCCUGUGAACCCAAAUGCCUCACGACACACACGCUACACGGAGCUUCAUUUCAAUGAUCGCGGGCGUAUCAGUGCUGCGAAGGUUAUCGCCUUUGGGCUUGACAAGUCCCGCUUAACUCGCUUGUCACAUGAAGAACGAUCUUACCAUGUGUUUUACCAACUUCUUGCUGGGGCUACGCCAAUGGAGCGUGACUACAUGGGCUUGGAAAGUCCUUCGGACUACGCCCUGUUAGCAUCGUCCGGUUGCUAUCAUUUGCCUGCUGGCCCAUUCAGUGAUGAUGGCAUCGCGAUGGAUGAUUUGCGAGACGCCUUCAAAACUUUAGGCUUCAAGUCCAAGCACGUCUCGUCAAUACUUAGCGUGCUCGCUGCCAUCCUGCUGCUCGGCAACCUCGAAUUCGAGGAGGCUGAUGCACAGGAUGUCUCUGCAUAUGUCCUUAAUGUGCCAGUUCUCCAACAGGCGGCAAAACUUUUGGGCGUUUCUCCUGACGAACUCAGCGACACACUGACGUGCAAGACGAGCUAUGUACGCAGGGAGCUGUAUACUGUGCUACUCAAUGUGCAGCAAAGUGCAGCACAGCGAGACCAGCUAGUUCGCGAUCUCUAUGCAAUCAUGUUUGCAUUCGUGGUGGAAACUGCCAAUUUCAAGCUAGCCCCUGCUUCCCUAAGCCCUACAUGUUCCGCCACUCGUAUUGUACUGCUCGACCAAGCAGGCUAUCAGACGCGGGCGCCUUCAGGGUCGAGUGGCCCAACCCCCCUUAUCUCGGCUCAUCAGAAUGGAUUUGAUGAAUUCUGCAUCAAUUUCACCGACGAACUCGUGCAAUCACACAUACUUCGGAACAUUUUUGACGACAGCACAGGUUUUAACAGUCGUAUGAUUGCUGAUGGGAACUCGCUACCGGCUAUCAUUGCUAUGGACAACUCUGCGUGCGCCGAGCUUCUUCGGGGCUCAUACACGGCUCAGAAAAUGUCACGAAAACCUGGCGGUCUCCUGGGUGUCGUUGACAAGGCCGUAAUGUCCUUCAAAUCGGGGCGUGCGGGUGAUCAGCGGAAUGAUGAGUUACUGCGGGAUUUGGGUGCCAAGUUUGGUGCACACUCGUCUUUCGUUGCAGCACCGACCACAGACGAGAGGAGAUCUUUCAGGAUCAACCACUAUGCUGGUCCCUGUUCAUAUGACAUCAGCAACUUCGUGGAGAAGGACGCCGACCUGCUUGACCCUUCUUGCGUCACUCUCCUUCGCAGCUCCACUGAUGUGUUUGUCGCGAAGCUCGUGUCGGGCCCCAGCUUGUCUACGGAAAAGCACCAGAGUGAUGAGGAAACUAUCGUCCAAGCUCAAGUCUCUUCCCGCCCUCUUCGCAUACUCACUCCUCUGGGAGAAAGCGCGGAUGAGAACCCUCACUUAAACCCAUCCAAAAUCUAUCCCGUCACUACGCAGCUCAAUCAGACGCUUUGGAAUGUCUUGUUCAACAUCGAGAAUGUGCCAAUGUGGACUAUCACGUGCAUUCGCCCCAAUGAUAAUGGGUUCUCCAACUCCCUCGACAAGCGUCGCGUCAAAGGACAAAUCAGGGCUCUGCUACUCCCUGCUAUUGUGUUGAGGAAACAGGUCGAGUUUGUUGCAGACUUUGAUCAGGCAGAGUUUUGUGACAGAUAUCGUCCUACUAUGCGCGGAUCAGAUGCUGAGCGCAUGCGUCAGUGCGCCCAGUCUAAUGGCUGGAGAGAGGGCAUAGACUUUGCGAUUGGGAACCAGAGGAUCUGGCUAUCGUACUCGGCAUGGAAGAUGGUAGAAGAUGUUGUGCGUGCUGAGGAGAAAGAGCAGAAGAAGCUUGCUCGCGAGGAUUCACAAGAGGACGAGAGCGCCAUGCCCGAUGAUGCCACAGACUACCCUGGUGAUGAACGGCAGUCAGCAUACUUUGAUGAACCGCAAGCCACCCCAUUCCAAGAGCCGAAAACACCUAUAUUUGAUGGUUAUGCACCAUCUCAUGUCGCUGCUCCUAGUUACCGCGAGGAGUCGAGUUCCACGAUGUGGGAUACGAAGCCUGAAAACUUCGACGGAACACCUCCCCUUAUGCCUAAUACUGCCAUGCUAACUGCGGAAAACGCUCCUGAAAUGUUGGAGGAAGAGCUGCCAACUACUCGAACCCGACGUUACUGGAUUUAUGUCGUCUUCUUGUUCACCUGGUUUAUUCCCAAUUUCUUGCUGUCGUGGUUAGGCCGUAUGAAGCGCCCUGACAAAGUGACCAUCUGCAUCCUCAUCCUCCUCGGAAAUUGUUUUAUCCUAUUCUACAUCAUCGCCUUCGGUAUCAUUCUCUGCCCAAACUUCGACUACGCAUGGAACACGAACGAAGUGGCUCAAUAUACAGGUGAAAAUGACUACUACGUCUCCAUUCAAGGCAGGGUCUAUGACGUCUCCAAUUUCGUUCGCGAGCCAAGUAAUAGUGAGGCCACCCUGGAGGGGCUCGCUGGUACCGACAUGACCUACUACUUCCCCCCUCCCUUAAAUGUGGCAUGCGCGGGUCUUAACAAUACUCUACUCUUGUUCCCGCAAGCCAUGCAUUCCUCCGGAUCCAAUGCUCCGACGACUCCCACAGCUCUCGAUAACCAGGACUGUAUCGAUCACGACAUCUACUCUGAGGCUAAUCAAACCACGAAUCCGCGAACUUGGGCAAUUUACGAUAAUAGCAUCUAUGAUUUGACAGACUACGUCUACACUAUGAACACGAUCAACCUGAAUGUCGCCUCGUACAGUUUCCUUGACACGAACCUCGUUGCAGUCUUUGAGGAACAAGCCGGGCAGGACAUUACUGACGCUUUGAAUGCAGUCUUGGGUGCCAUGAGUGCUGAAAACCGUACGGCGAAUAUGGACUGUCUUUCUAAUGCCUUCUACUAUGGAGAGACGGACUUCCGGUACACUGCUAGAUGUCAAGUGCAGAACUACCUUUUGCUUGCGUUCUCCAGUAUCAUCAUGUCCUCGAUGGCGUUGAAAUUCAUUGCUGCACUCCAACUUCAUACCAAGCGCUUCCCUGAGUUACUGGAUAAAUUCGUGAUAUGCCAGGUCCCUUGUUACACGGAAGGAGAGGAUUCCCUUCGCCGUACACUUGACUCACUUGCCAAUUUGGACUACGACGACAAGAGGAAGCUGAUUUUGGUCAUUUGUGAUGGGAAUAUCAUCGGGAGCGGCAAUGAGCGGCCGACACCUGCCCUCGUACUCGACAUCCUUGGCGUUGACCCAGCGAAUAAUCCUGAGCCCCUGAUGUUCAAAUCAAUCGGAGAGGGCUCGCAGAAGCUCAACUAUGGCAAGGUAUACUCCGGAUUGUACGAGUUUGAAGGCCAUGUUGUUCCUUAUAUCGUCGUCGUGAAGGUUGGGAAGCCAAGUGAACGUUCAAAACCCGGAAACCGUGGCAAGCGUGACAGUCAGGUCCUGUUGAUGCAGUACUUGAACAGAGUGCACUUCAACGCACCCAUGUGCCCGCUAGAGCUCGAGAUAUAUCAUCAUAUGCGGAAUGUUGUUGGAAUUGAUCCUGCGUUCUACGAGUACAUCUUCACUGUGGAUGCAGAUACGUCCGUGAGUCCCAACUCUCUUAACCGUCUUGUGGCAGCCUCGAUAUCAGAUUCCAACAUAAUCGGCAUAUGUGGUGAAACGAGACUCCAGAAUGAGGAGGGAUCCUGGUGGACCAUGAUCCAGGUAUACGAGUACUACAUCUCGCACAACUUGUCCAAAGCUUUCGAGAGUCUUUUCGGCUCUGUCUCGUGUCUUCCUGGUUGCUUCACCCUUUACCGCGUCCGCACUAAUGAUAAAGGCCGACCGCUCAUCAUCUCCAACCGUGUAAUUGAUGAAUAUGCGGAGAAUAACGUGGACACCCUGCACAAGAAGAACUUGUUCUCUCUAGGCGAAGAUCGAUUCCUGACGACGCUGUUGAUGAAACAUUUCCCCACCUUCAAGACCAAGUUCACCCCGGACGCAAUUGCGCGUACCAUGGCACCGGUAUCCUGGAGAGUGCUAUUUUCACAACGGAGGCGUUGGAUCAACUCGACCGUUCACAACUUGUGCGAGCUUGCUGUUCUUCCUGACCUCUGCGGCGUCUGCUGUUUCUCAAUGAGGUUCUUCGUCUUUCUCGAUCUGAUCGGUACUUUGAUGUUGCCUGCCACUGUUGUUUAUUUGGUUUGGCUGAUUAUCGAGGUCUCUACUGGACAAUCUCCGUUCCCUCUGAUUUCAAUCAUCAUGUUGGCAGCGGUGUAUGGUCUUCAGGCUCUUAUUUUCAUCAUAAGAAGAGAGUUCAUGCUUGUUGGAUGGAUGGUGGUCUAUCUCAUUUCGUACCCAGUUUACAGUUUCUUCCUGCCCAUAUAUUCAUUCUGGCGGAUGGAUGAGUUCGGUUGGGGUAACACUCGUGUCGUGCUCGAUGAUGGCGGAAGCAAGAAGAUCGUCGCCAACAACGACAUGAAGUUCAACGAGUCCAUGAUUCCGUACAAGAAGUUUAGCGACUAUGAGGCUGAAACGUUGGGUGACAAUCAUUCCGGGAAGUCAUAUGGCUCGCCUCCUGAUUUCAACCAAGCAAGCUCCGUGUAUCUCCCCGGCCCUCAGCCGCAUCUUCCGUCAGGCUCCCAACACCCGUCUGUCUACGAGUAUGGCCGCUCUGAAUCAGGAGACCGCGACUACUACCGCGACACGAACAUGAUACAUAGCAACUCGUCACAUCACAACAUACACGGGCCUUCACGCCCGAGCUCUCGUGCCGUAUCUGACACCAACCGCCCACCACCUCAGAUGGCCAACUGGAGAGGACCCUCUCAGGAAAGGAUCAACAUGUUUACUCCUACAAAUUCGGGUCCACAUGGAAGCGUGUAUGGGAUGACGCCACCUGAUUCGCGAAUGGCAUCUGGAGUCUUUAACAACCGCUCCAUGUCCCCCGCCCAGAGCUUGGGUGUCCCUCCUCAGCCUUUGCACGGAGGAAUGCGAACGUCUACGUUAUCCAUGGCUACAACUGUGUUUACCGGUCCCAACCUGGAUCCCAACCCCUCGGAUGACGAGCUGUACAAUGCACUUAGGAACUUUUUGAGCACACAAGACUUGAUGAGUGUUACAAAGAAAUCAGCUCGUGAGGCUAUGGCGGCUCGCUUUCCUCGCGCAGAUUUGACGCCUCGCAGAGACUUUUUAAACCAAUGCAUUGAUAACAUUCUUUCACAUUAAAUGUAGGGUAGAUACAUCAUUUAGGACACUUGCAUUCAUCUCUGGGACACUUCUAAUCUUUGGACUUAAUUAACUGUCGGGACAUGCUGAUUUAGCGUUUUGUUUUGUUAUGAUUACUACAUCCAUAUCAUUCGUAGUCUAGGUGUUAGAUAUUACUGGACAUAAUAUGAUGACGACUUGGACUGUUGAAAC